AUGACAAACACCACAGCAUCAGCUGUUAUUCUCAAUACAGUCACUCUUAUCAACACUUUUAUUACUUCAUUUAUAUGUCUAGUCAUAUUGAUCACGCUUGUCUGUCGUGUUGCCCUUCGAAAGGAUGUUCACCUUUUGCUAUGUACGAAUACGUAUGUUGCUAUUCUAGCUUACAGUUUAGCAAGUGGGUCGUUGUACAUUGAUGCACUUCGCGGUGAUGUACAGAUGUUUGCAGAUGGCCUAAAUGAUUCUCUAAUGUGUCAAAUUCGCGGAUCAGUUGUACUUGCAUUACUCUCAGCGAUUUUUGGUGCUUUUUGUUUACUCGCCUUUUUUCGUCUUUGUCGAAUUGUCCAUCGCCAAAAGCAAUUUUUUCAACAAUACCAUAUUCAAUUCAUUUUCGUUAUUUUUAAAUGGUUGCUUUCAUUUACGUUCGUUUGGUUCGUCAAAAUUGAAUAUUUGCCCAGUGAAUACUAUUGUAGUAUACCAUUUAAUACCCUAAAGCCUGUUCUUCUCGCAAGUAUUAUUGCUUAUGGGUUCCCAUCUACUGUGAUCGCUGUAAUUUACAUUCGAAUUUCGUCCUAUAUUCAUUAUCAUCGAUUGAUAAUGGCAACUCAGCGUCGAACACGACGAGAUUUUCUCACUAUUCAACGAACCAUGUUUAUAGUCAGUAUUCUCUGGCUUUUAGGUAUUCCGUCAAUGGUUUUACUCGUGUAUGGUCAAGUUCACCGUGGGAGCAUUCAUCCGUUAACGUACCGAAUCCAAUGGAUCACGCCAUCCUUCGCCUUUUGUGUAUUAAGUCUUGUUUUAAUCAAAUUUGACUCGCGUUUAUCGAGUAUUCUCGCACGAAGACAAGUAGUUCAUAUGAAAUUGCGUGAUAUGAAAGUUUCUCAGCAUAACCAGAAUAGAAGAUUACGAAAUAAAUCUUAA